GAGAGUUGCAGGUCUGGGAUGCACCGGCCGCGUAGCGGGGCACACCCGGAGCCCCUCGCCGCAGCCAUUUCCUCCUCUUUGUGUGACAGCCGCGCCGGCUAAGGGGCCGGGCACCGAGACAGAGGAGGAGACUCGGCGAAAGGAGGGCGGGGCCGAGGGCGGGGCGGAGCCCGCGGCAGGCUGCGCGGUGCAAGGCAGAGCAUCCUGCGCCCCGGCGCGGGGCUCGGCGGUAUCUUCGGGCCGCUCCCCUGGACCUGCGGCAGACCCAGUGAGGAACACAGAAACGGCAGCCAUGACGACCCACGUGACCCUGGAAGAUGCCCUGUCCAACGUGGACCUGCUGGAGGAGCUGCCCCUCCCUGACCAGCAGCCAUGCAUCGAGCCUCCGCCUUCCUCCAUCAUGUACCAGGCCAACUUCGACACAAACUUCGAGGACAGGAAUGCCUUUGUCACGGGCAUUGCAAGGUACAUUGAGCAGGCCACGGUCCACUCCAGCAUGAAUGAAAUGCUGGAGGAAGGGCACGAGUAUGCCGUCAUGCUGUACACCUGGCGCAGCUGUUCCCGGGCCAUCCCCCAGGUGAAGUGCAACGAGCAGCCCAACCGCGUGGAGAUCUAUGAGAAGACAGUGGAGGUGCUGGAGCCGGAGGUCACCAAGCUCAUGAAGUUCAUGUACUUUCAGCGCAAGGCCAUCGAGCGGUUCUGUAGCGAGGUGAAGCGGCUGUGUCAUGCCGAACGGAGGAAGGACUUUGUCUCCGAAGCCUACCUCCUGACCCUGGGCAAGUUCAUCAACAUGUUCGCCGUCCUGGACGAGCUGAAGAAUAUGAAGUGCAGCGUCAAGAACGACCACUCUGCCUAUAAGAGGGCUGCCCAGUUCCUGAGGAAGAUGGCAGACCCCCAGUCUAUCCAGGAGUCGCAGAACCUGUCCAUGUUCCUGGCCAACCACAACAGGAUCACCCAGUGUCUCCAUCAGCAACUGGAAGUGAUCCCAGGCUACGAGGAGCUGCUGGCGGACAUUGUCAACAUCUGUGUGGAUUACUACGAGAACAAGAUGUAUCUGACCCCCAGCGAGAAGCACAUGCUCCUCAAGGUAAUGGGUUUUGGUCUCUACCUGAUGGAUGGAAAUGUCAGUAACAUUUACAAACUGGAUGCCAAGAAGAGAAUCAACCUCAGCAAAAUCGAUAAAUUCUUUAAGCAGCUGCAGGUGGUGCCCCUUUUCGGCGACAUGCAGAUAGAGCUGGCCAGAUACAUUAAGACCAGUGCUCACUAUGAAGAGAACAAGUCCAAGUGGACUUGUACCCAGAGCAGCAUCAGCCCCCAGUACAACAUCUGCGAGCAGAUGGUUCAGAUCCGAGAUGACCACAUCCGCUUCAUCUCCGAACUCGCUCGCUACAGCAACAGUGAGGUGGUGACGGGCUCCGGGCUGGACAGCCAGAAGUCAGACGAGGAGUACCGUGAGCUCUUCGACCUGGCCCUGCGGGGCCUGCAGCUGCUGUCCAAGUGGAGCGCCCACGUCAUGGAGGUGUACUCCUGGAAGCUGGUCCACCCCACGGACAAGUUCUGUAACAAGGACUGCCCCGGCACGGCGGAGGAGUAUGAGAGAGCCACGCGCUACAACUACACCAGCGAGGAGAAGUUCGCCUUCGUGGAGGUGAUCGCCAUGAUAAAAGGCCUGCAGGUGCUCAUGGGCCGGAUGGAGAGUGUCUUCAACCAGGCCAUCAGGAACACCAUCUACGCGGCGCUGCAGGACUUCGCCCAGGUGACGCUGCGCGAGCCCCUGAGGCAGGCGGUGCGGAAGAAGAAGAACGUUCUCAUCAGCGUCCUGCAGGCGAUUCGGAAAACCAUCUGUGACUGGGAGGGGGGCCGGGAGCCCCCCAACGACCCAUGCUUGAGAGGAGAGAAGGAUCCGAAAGGUGGAUUUGACAUCAAGGUGCCCCGGCGUGCCGUGGGGCCCUCCAGCACACAGCUGUACAUGGUGCGAACCAUGCUCGAAUCGCUCAUCGCGGACAAGAGCGGCUCCAAGAAGACCCUGAGGAGCAGCCUCGACGGCCCCAUUGUCCUCGCCAUAGAGGACUUCCACAAGCAGUCCUUCUUCUUCACGCACCUGCUCAACAUCAGCGAAGCCCUGCAGCAGUGCUGUGACCUCUCCCAGCUCUGGUUCCGCGAGUUCUUCCUGGAGUUGACCAUGGGCCGGCGAAUCCAGUUUCCCAUUGAGAUGUCCAUGCCCUGGAUCCUAACAGACCACAUCCUGGAAACCAAAGAGCCUUCCAUGAUGGAGUACGUCCUCUACCCAUUGGAUCUGUACAACGACAGCGCCUACUAUGCGCUGACCAAGUUCAAAAAGCAGUUCCUGUAUGAUGAGAUCGAGGCCGAGGUGAACCUGUGUUUUGAUCAGUUUGUCUACAAGCUGGCGGACCAGAUCUUUGCUUACUACAAAGCCAUGGCCGGCAGUGUGCUGCUGGACAAACGCUUCCGGGCCGAGUGCAAGAACUACGGCGUCAUCAUCCCCUACCCGCCGUCCAACCGCUACGAGACGCUGCUGAAACAGAGACACGUGCAGCUCUUGGGGAGAUCCAUUGACUUGAACAGACUGAUUACUCAGCGCAUCUCUGCCGCCAUGUAUAAGUCCCUGGACCAGGCCAUCAGCCGCUUCGAGAGUGAGGACCUGACCUCCAUUGUGGAGCUGGAGUGGCUGCUGGAGAUCAACCGGCUCACGCACCGGCUGCUGUGCAAGCACAUGACCCUGGACAGCUUCGACGCCAUGUUCCGGGAGGCUAAUCACAAUGUGUCCGCCCCCUACGGCCGCAUCACCCUGCACGUCUUCUGGGAGCUGAACUUCGACUUCCUCCCCAACUAUUGCUACAACGGGUCCACCAACCGUUUUGUCCGAACUGCCAUUCCUUUCACCCAAGAGCCGCAACGAGAUAAACCUGCCAACGUCCAGCCUUAUUACCUCUACGGGUCCAAGCCUCUCAACAUCGCCUACAGCCACAUCUACAGCUCCUACAGGAACUUCGUGGGCCCCCCGCACUUCAAGACCAUCUGCAGGCUCCUGGGCUACCAGGGCAUCGCCGUGGUCAUGGAGGAGCUGCUGAAGAUCGUCAAGAGCUUGCUCCAGGGCACCAUCCUCCAGUACGUGAAGACACUCAUUGAGGUGAUGCCCAAGAUAUGCCGCUUGCCCCGCCAUGAGUAUGGCUCCCCAGGGAUCCUGGAGUUCUUCCACCACCAGCUGAAAGACAUCAUUGAGUACGCAGAGCUCAAAACAGACGUGUUCCAGAGCCUGAGGGAAGUGGGCAAUGCCAUCCUCUUCUGCCUGCUUAUCGAGCAAGCUCUGUCUCAGGAGGAAGUCUGCGACCUGCUCCAUGCUGCACCCUUCCAAAAUAUCUUGCCGAGAAUCUACAUCAAAGAGGGCGAGCGUCUGGAGGUCCGGAUGAAACGCCUGGAAGCCAAGUACGCCCCACUUCACCUGGUCCCUCUGAUAGAGCGGCUGGGAACCCCUCAGCAAAUCGCCAUCGCCCGGGAGGGCGACCUGCUGACCAAGGAGCGGCUGUGCUGCGGCCUGUCCAUGUUCGAGGUCAUCCUGACCCGCAUUCGGAGCUACCUGCAGGACCCCAUCUGGCGGGGCCCGCCACCCACCAACGGGGUCAUGCACGUCGACGAGUGCGUGGAGUUCCACCGGCUGUGGAGUGCCAUGCAGUUCGUCUACUGCAUCCCCGUGGGGACCAACGAGUUCACAGCCGAGCAGUGUUUCGGUGAUGGCUUGAACUGGGCAGGCUGCUCUAUCAUCGUCCUGCUGGGCCAGCAGCGGCGCUUCGACCUGUUCGACUUCUGUUACCAUCUGCUGAAAGUACAGAGACAGGAUGGGAAGGAUGAAAUCAUUAAGAAUGUGCCCCUGAAGAAAAUGGCAGACCGGAUCAGGAAGUACCAGAUCUUGAACAAUGAGGUAUUUGCCAUCUUGAACAAGUACAUGAAGUCCGUAGAGACAGACAGUUCCACCGUGGAGCAUGUGCGCUGCUUCCAGCCACCCAUCCACCAGUCCCUGGCCACCACCUGCUAGGCAGAAGGUCCCGCAAGCCCUCAGCCUGGAGGAGACGAAGCAGCAGGAGAGAGAAAGCCACAGCCAGCCCUGCCACGUGAGAUGCGCGUGAGAUGGACCAGGAAGCCUACGAGAACCUCCCCAAACACACCGACCCUCCCGAGGGCUGGGCCUGUGCAUGCUCUCCCGUGACAUCUCCAUGGUGGUUUUGCCCUCAUAUAAAUGAAAACACAAAACACGGGCAGUGUGUGCUCUUUUUUCUUCCUUUGUUUCCUCAGCUGUGUUCAGAGCCCUAGUUUUACCUUCUGUCCACGUCCCAUCCCCACCUCACACUUGUGGUUGCUUCCCAAGACCUCCUCCCAAGGUGGGGACCUUCCACCCGGUGCCCACCUGUGACCUCAAAGCUGAAGUCUCGGCUGGAGAAAGAGCAUGGCCACCGCCCGAGAUAUCGGCCCAACGGGACGGUCAUGCCUCCACUCACUGGCUUCUUCACCUCCUCUGGCUCCCUCCCCCCAUGUUUCCAGGUGGCAUCUCCGCCUGCUCUGGACACCAGGGAUUCUACCACCAAGAGCACUCCUGGACCAGGUGCUGACAGCCAUGGCAAACAGAGGACAAGUUUCCAGGUGUCAGUGCAGUGGUUGAUUGUGCUGGUUGAUUAUGGUCAGAAUUUCUCGCAGAAUCUCCCCCAAAGCAUGGGGAGGCUGCUCAGAAAGAUGGAAGCCUUUGGAAGUGAAUGCCUCACACAGAGCAAGUCAUCUUCAAAGGGGCCUGUGCCUCUGCACUUGUAAGAAAAUAUAAAGUGAGACAUUUGAUAUCCCUUCCUCCCACCCCCUAGCCCAGCCCAGGGAGGAAAAGAAAAGAGAAAAAAAAUAGAACAAUAAUGAUGCCCCCGCUCAGGGCAGAUGGAUGGGAAUGGUUACCAUUGAUCCGCUGGCCCAGUUUAACCCCCUGGAAAGAGCAAAGGUGAGCCCACAGCAGCAGGUUUGUGUGAUACACGGGCUCACCAGGGAGGAGAGGCGGGGCCCGCCAAGUGUGGUCCAAAGGCCCCCCCACAUCAGGGUCUCCUGCGAUUAGCACAUUUGAUGCCGGCUCCUGGGCCCCGCCUCAAACCUGCGUCUCUGGGAGUGAGGUGGAGAGGCCUGUGCUUUCCAGGGCUCUCUGCCCUCUGUUGCACGUGGAAGUCCAGGGGCCGCUGCUGACCGUGGCCUUCGAGCCCCCUCUGAGCCGUGAAACAGAGUAUCCACUGCGGAGGAAAGUGGUUCAGGGCAGAAGCUGGCAGAGCCUCCCAUCUGGAGGUACUGCUUCCUGUUCCAAUUCCUUAUUUUUUGCUGGGGCCAUAGGUCAGAGGUGAGAGGGACAGGUUACACCCCAUGGCUGAACAACACAGAAUGCGCCUUCACAACCCACAUACGAUCUCUAAGGACCGUCAUUCCUGUCUGGGAACAGCAGCUCUUUCAGACAGAUGACCAGCCCUUAAGUCCUAGAGAUCAUUCCAGAUCCUUAACCUUUGCUUUUGUGGAGAUUUGGAUCAUCCAUUUGAUGAGAUUGCUAUUUCAACAACAUGCCCUUCCAGCCCCAAAUUCCGAAACCUGCAUUUGACCCUCUCGGGAGAAUCGAAUCCCGUUGUCUUCAAGAGAGUCAAUCCCAGUAAAUCGAGGUCUUUGCCGUUGGGAGAGACAUCUCAUUUCCCCAGCUUGCCAGCGGCAUUGAUUUGUGAGCACUGGGCAGGUUUGACAUCCUUUCCUCCCUGAUAUAACUGUCCCCCUUUAGGUUUUUUGGUGUGUCUAAGAACCUGGAAAAAAAAAUCUUAGGUUUUAAAAAGUUAAAAAAAAAAUCUGUUUCAGAAACUGUCAAAUGUACCAUAUUUGUAUUAAGAGUUGUCGGGGAUUUUUUGUACAAUGAAUUUACAUUUAUUUAUGGUGACUUCUAUUUACGCUUGUGGUCGAAUAAUGAUGUUAAAUUCUUCAAUCAUGUUUGCUAUGCAGCUGAAGAUGAUAUUUUGCUUUGUAUUUUGGGGUACCUGUGUUGAGUUGAUGAACAUUUCCAUCUUCAUUAAAACUGCUUCCAAACUGG